GAGCUCUGGACAUUUCAGCACCGGCUCAGUGCGGAGGGACAGCUGAGCGGGGAUACACGCUGCUGAGCGGGGAUACACAGUACUGCUCGGCUCCUGCCCUGCUGGAUACAACCCGAGGUGUUCCUCAUCCAAACAGUUAUUUUCAAAAUGAAUUAAAUCAAACUCGGGACUUAAAGUAAGGCUCGUGAAUCCGACGUGUGACCGGCUGAGGUCUGCGCGAGUCCCGGAGUAACGUCUCUUUGUUCGGCUUGUAUCCGUCUUUCACCUGCAACAUGGAUCCUUCAGAGAAGGAGGUCAGGACGGACGACGAGGCUGAAUAUGAAGAAGAGGAAGUGGACCCCAGAGUCCAGGGGGAGCUGGAGAAACUCAACCAGUCCACCGACGACAUCAACAGAUGUGAGACGGAGCUGGAGGACGCAAGGCAGAAGUUCCGCUUGGUUCUGGUUGAAGCCACGGUGAAGCUGGAUGAACUGGUGAAGAAGAUCGGCAAGGCUGUGGAGGAGUCCAAGCCUUACUGGGAGGCCCGCAGGCUGGCCAGACAGGCCCAGCUUGAGGCCCAGAAGGCCACGCAGGACUUCCAGAGAGCCACUGAGGUCCUGCGGGCGGCGAAGGAGACCAUCUCCCUGGCUGAGCAGCGCCUCCUGGAGGAGGACAACCGGCAGUUUGACUCCGCCUGGCAGGAGAUGCUGAACCACGCCACCCAGCGGGUGAUGGAGGCGGAGCACACCAAGACGAGAAGCGAGCUGGCGCACAAGGAGACGGCGGCCAAAUAUACGUCAGCAAUCGGCCGCAUGAAGCAGCUGGAGAAAAAACUCAAACGCACCAUCAACAAGUCAAAGCCCUACUUUGAGAUGAAGGCGAAGUUCUACCUGCAGCUGGAGAACCUGAAGAAGAACGUGGACGAGCGGCAGGCCAAGCUGUCUCAGGCCAAAGGCGAGUACAAGACUGCCCUCAGGAACCUGGAGAUGAUCUCCGACGAGAUCCACGAGCGGCGGCGGAGCUCCGCCAUGGGCCCCCGGGGCCGCGGCGUGGGGGCCGAGGGCGACAGUGUUUCCGGGGACGACAUCUCCAACUUCAAGAUGGAGUCGGAUGGAAUAUCCAUGGCGUCUGAGUGUUUCGAUGACGAGGCUUGUGGCGGCAGCAUCAUGUCGGAGGAAGACUCUGAGACUCGCUCCACCUGCAGCGUGGGUUCUUCUCCCAGAAGCCCUCAGGAGCUCCUGUCACCCUGCACCUUCAUCAGCUCCUCCUCCUCAUCCUCCUGCACGUCCUCCUCCGCCUCUCCAUCACCUACUCCCUCCUCCUCUUCCUCCUCCUCCUCUUCCUCCCCGUCUAAUAUGUCCAGGCCCUGCAGUCUGGACCUUCCCAGCACCGUGUCGCUGUCCGACUUCGGGCUCAUCUCGCCGGUGCUCGGGCCUCGCAGCGAGUGCAGCGGGGCGUCGUCACCAGAAUGCGACAUGGAGAGAGGUGACCGGGCCGAAGGUGCAGAGGGGGAUCUGGACAACGCUCCAGCCCCCAACAACAACAACAGCAGCAGCUCCACUUCCAGCACCAAGAAGAGCUUCAGCCUGGAGGCCCGCUUCAGCUUUCUGAACCUGCGUCGCCCCCGCGCCGACAAAAACACAGACAACUGUUCCCAGAAGGCCGGGCAGACUGCGGUCCUGGUCAAAGGAGUCUGAGUGGCUCAUUCUGACCCAAACUCUGAAGUGAGCGGUUCGUAAGCUAGCUGCCACAACUGCAGUCAGAGACGUUGAAUGUUAUUGGUGGUGUAAAUAGUUUCCUGUACAUCUUUGCAGCGUUGAUGCUCCUCCGGACUCUAAUGCCUGAGGAAGUGUUGGUUGGACAUUAUUCAUCUUAUUAUUUUUGUUGUUUUUCCACUAAAGCAAAAGAGCUGUCUGGAGUUUGACCUUUGACCUGGGGGUGACAUUUAAGUGUUUAUUUAAUAAAUAAUUGGUAUAACUGUUUAUGUAAAUUGAGAAUUUAUUACUGUUAAACGGCACAAACUGUAAAUCAUGCAGAGGUGAUGUUAAAGGAAUUAAAGUCACAUGUUGAAUAAAUAAUGUCUUAAACUGUUAAAACGCUUCUGUAUUUAAUAUAUGAAUAUGUUGUCGUUAUGUUAUGUACUGUACAUGUUCAGGGUUAGGCAUAAUGACAACACUUUCAAGACUUUGUACGAACCCUGAUACAAUAAAAGAUAAAGGAAUUAAUAUCAUUACUUGUUGACACUUUACAGGAGUUCUGAGUAUAAAACCUGAUGAAUGUUUACGGCUCUAUCAAAAUAAAAG